AGACUCCGCGGGGAACGGGUCGUGUUAGAGCAACAGGACCAGUCACGUGGCCAGCAGGAAGCCAUGCAGGUGUCCCCGGCCACUGCCCCCAGACUGUCCACAGGGACGGAGCCAGGCAACCUGCACGACAGCACGGACUCUUCGAGGACCAGCAAGCCCGUCAUGCUGCCGGCGGGCUUCAGCUUCGUGGUCGACGACGUGGACGGAGACCUGCCCGAGCAGGAGGCGGACUGCGGCCGGCGGAGCUCGCCCGCUGCUGGCGCCCCUGGCGGCGCGGCCCGGCGGCAGGACGAGGCCGCCCGCGUCCAGCAGAUCAAGGUGGAGGCGGAGAGCCGCAAGCACGAGUUCGCCAAGCUGCUGGAGGAGCACGCGCAGGUGGUGAAGGAGCUGAAGAAGAUGGAGGACGAGCCCUUGCAGGCGUGAGGCGGGGCGCGGCGACGGAGCUGCCUUGAGGGAGCUCGCCCGGGCCGCUUCUCCGCCGUCGUCGCCGCGGACUGACUGCCCUGCCUGGCACGGCCGUCACGCUAGCAGCCAGCACCAGGCAGCCAAGUAACCACCAUUCCUUUUACAAUAGAAGGAAAAUGUAUUUUAUUACCUAGCCACAAACAUUUUCCACUUUUGUUAAAAGGUGAAGAUUAUAUUUACAAUAAAUUUCUGCAACCAUAAAAAAAAUUUGCUAUGAGAAAAUGAGUUUUUUCAUUACCAUCACAAUGUUAAUAUCAUAAACACAGUGUUAAUAUCGCACAUACCUUACGUCGUCUGUCGAACCGAUGCGACAACAAAAGGUUGCAGUGCUAAACCCAUGAAGCUGUCUGGUGUCACAGUAGAACUCUGUUAUAACGUUUUUUUUUUUUCAAGGGGGCGUAAGGAAAAAUGUUAUAAGCAGGAAUUGUCAAUUCUGCACUUGUCGUUGUUUGAACUCUUUACCAAUAGACACAUUAAGCUACGUAAAAAAAAAUAUAUAAUGUUAAAACCACUGAUGGGUACCUACACUUGAUGCUUGAAUUUGCUUGACCAAGACGACAAUUUUUCAAUUUUGUGUUUCUGGCGUUUCUGCAGCUUAUAUUUUAUUUGUCUUUAAAGAUACAUUGCCAUAUGUCAGUAAAAUUGUCUUCACGAUUUGUGACGAGGUUUAGAGUCGGAGUGCCUAUUUACGAUUCCGUCGCCACUCUGAAAAUGUGUAAUUUUAGGAUUCCAGCUUACAAAUGAAAUAACUUAAACUUUUAAUCAACACUAAAAAAAAUCUUUGUUUUUUUUGUUUUGUUUUUCUUUGCCAUAAUGGAAUAUUUGGUAAAAUAAAAUAUUGUACUACUACGUACGUACUUCUGAAUACACACUAGAAUUUUUAGGAAUAAAAGGAUUAUUUUUUUAAUACAAGGGUCCCAACGGACACAUAACUGCAAACUUUACUUAGCUUUGAUACAUUGAGUACACAGCGUUAUCCAGCACUAACAUGUAGCGUUAGUGUUCUAGCACACAUCUCAGUUUUGCAUACAUUCCUAUUUGAAUAAUCUACAUCUAUAAUAUAACAGUGAUUGUAAACAAAAACAUACAUCAAGUGUGAAGUAAACCUUUAAAUAUGUUAAACUUCAGUAAUGGGAUAAUUGUUCCAAAAAUGUUAUAAACAUUUUUUUUUCCCAUUUAUUGAAUUUUAAAAAGCAAACGUUAUUAGCAGGAAAUGCACCAUUCAGGAAACAUUAUAUGCAGGAAUUAAAUACAUUGUCUUCAUGGGGAAAAUGUCGGGACUUAAAAAUAUGAUGUUAUAAGCAGGAACAUUAUAACAGGGUUCUAGUGUAUUUUGUUUCUAGUGUGUUUGGUUGUAUCUCAUAGCAAUUUUCAUGGCCAGAUGUCAGAGCAGUGUUUGGUAUUUUGUUAUUACAUUAAAAUAUGUUCUAUGCCAAAUUACAAAUUAAAACUUCAUAAUUUUAACCAAAGCACAUGUAUUUAGGAGCGUCAUUUGAAAGCAAAUGCAUGUUCAAUUGUUUACAUCAGUUGAUUGUGACAUCUCUAUCGCGAUACUUUGAUUACCAAAUGAGCAGAAGGCAAGAAUAUGUCUGUACCACCGUCAUCUAAGGCAACAACCUCGGUGAAGAACUAAAAGUCUCCAGAGGCUAAUGCACAGGUGUGAAAUGUGAAGUGCAGGUUGGGUACUGUGGUUGUUUUCAAAAAUUAGCUCUAGAAUUCAAAGACUAUGAUAUUGCUUUUUAUGUGUUUAGUUUUUACUUGUAAAAUUCAGUGGAACCUUGCUAUAAAGUGUACCUGCUGUCUGUAACAACAUUUAUGCAAACUGAACAGACACGUGCAAUGACACAGCAAAGAAUUUUGCUAGCUGCAGUUCUAGCGAGGUUCCAUACAAAUACAAAUCAAAAAGCAAUAGUCUAUAAAUUUAAUUAUUGCAUAUAAAUAUAUUUGCAGAGUCAUUGUACAGUUUCAGUAUUAAUCUUAUUUACAUUGCUGUUUAACCUAACUUAUAAUAUCUAGGUUCUACUAUUUUGUUUCAAAAAUUAGUGGCUCCAUUCCUACCAUCUCUCUUUUUUUUUUAAAUUUUAUGUUGCUCUUUUCCAUGUAAUGAUUCAAUGAGAAACAUUUCCUACAACAUUUGUAUGAUGACUGACACAUCUAGCACAUUUACUUUGUAAACAGUAACAUUUUUCAGGUGUAUAGCGAUUAAAAAAAAAUUCCAUACAAUGAUGCAAUUUACAAAUGUUAACAUUGACGUACCCAAACAGUGAGAGAAGGUAGGGGUGAAAAACUACAGAAUUUAAUAUGUAAUAAAGGUUUUUAUUUAUUAUGCCUCCUCUUUCAUACCCAAAAAAUUUUGAUAUUGAACUUAAAAUAUAAACUACGAAUUGCAGAUAUUUGAAAUGGUAGUGAUUAAAUGCCUUCAAUACAUAUUAUCCAUGAGACCAUGACUUAUUGUAUUUGUUUCAUUUAAAUAAUAUGAGUAAGAUUUAAAUAUGUACAUAGACUAAAAAAAGGAAAAGUAACUGUGGUACAUAGAAAUGGGGUCCAUUAUAUUAUAUGCAAUGUGCCAAAAAUGUUUUAACAUCAAAGUACAAGCUACCAGUCACAUGAUUAAAUGUGGAAAAAUUGUAAUACAAGGUGAACUCUAAGAAAAUAUUUUGUUUGUGAAAAAUUAGAACAAAUAUAUUUGUAAACAUGUUUGUAAAUGUAAGUAUGUGUACCCAAAGAUUUGAGUGUAAAUACAUUUAUAAUGUUAGCAAAAUAAUGUGAGCUGU